AUGUAUACAAUUUCUGAUAGCAAUAACAUUGGUCCUGAUAGCAAUAAAAUUUAUUUUGAUACCAAUAACAAAUAAGUCUAAUAUCAUAAUAAUAAUGAAUAAAAUUGUGAAUAUUUGACCUUCUAAAAAAUAAAUAAGUAAAAAAUUUUUAAUAGAAAUUCUGAAAAUUUCUAUGGUUAAUAAAAUUUAUAAGAUAUUCAAUCUUAAAUGAAUUUUAAUGAAAUCUUUAAAUAUUAAACUAAACAAGAAGUAGAAGAUAUAAAAAUAACUUAAAACAUAAAUUAUAGCACUGAAAAAAUCUAUUCUGAAAAUCACAUAUAAAAUAUAUAAAAUGCUCUAUAGAUUAUUGAAGAUAAUUCUUUUAAUCAAGAUAUUUAUGUGUAAGAUAUAUAAAAUCAAACGCAUAGCUUCAAUUAAAAAGACAAUAGAAAUAUUUCUAAUUAAUAAGAAUAAGAAUAAAGUUUUGAUUAAGCAAAUAAUUAGUAGAACUUUUUCAUAGAUGAAAAUUACUUAUUUUAAUAAAAUGAAGAAGACUUUGAUAGGAGUAAUAAGGAAUUUUAGGAAUUAUUUUCAAAUAAUUAGUAAUAAAAUAAAUAAUGCGAAGAUGGUUUUAAAGACUUAUUUAUAAAUAUUGAGUAGUAGAACUUCAAAUAGUCUCCUUAAUAUUAAUUGAUUGAAUUAAAUAAUUAUUACCAAAAUCAAUAAACUGAAAACUAAUUUUAACAAAAUGAAAACCUUGAUUAGGAUGAUGAGGAUAUAUUUUCAAGUAAUUAUAAAUAACAUGUAUAAUGCCAAUUUAAUAGUUUUUUACAUAUAAACUAAACAAUAUUAUGUGAAGAUUAGCAGAAACUCUACUAAUCUCCUACAUAUUAAUAGAUUGAAGUAAAUAAUUAGUAACAAAAUCAAUAAACUGAAAACAAAACACUUAGCGAAAGAUAACAAGUAAAUGGUAUUUUAUUAAACUAUUAACAAUAGCCUCAUAACUAUUAAAUUAAUUAAAUUCAUUCGAAUUAAAUUUCUAAUUAAAAUGAAAUUUAAGGAUAGCUUGAAAAUCAUCAUAUUAAGCCUAUCUAAUUAUAAAUUAAUCUAAAUUAUCCUAAAAAAAAUACUUGCAAAAAAUGUGACAUAGCUUAUAAAAAUUUAAGUGGAUUAUACAAUCAUGUCAGAACAUAUCACGAAUCUAAAAAUAUAUAAGAUUUUGCAUUAGAACCAGCUUAAAAAAGAGGUAGACCAAAAAAAGUUCUCAAUUGA